AUGUCAUUUUCCACUCAGAAUCGGACCCUUGCCGUGAAUAAUUUCAGACGACAAGUCGACGGUUGGGUGGAUCAAUCCACACUUCGACUGUGGCACGCAACGACGAGCGUCAAGUUGGAGGCUUGGAAGAGCGACGCGAGCAAUUCGGAGGACUACAAAUUGAUACGGAGCAUUUCGCACAAUCUGCUGAACAAGCCUGGCGCGCCCUCAACGACCCGGCCGAUAACAGCCUACAAAGCGUUAGCCCAGUACCUGAUCGCAGCUCUGUUGACAAUCCGGGAACUGGCGUCACUCAGUGCCGCCAAGAUCGACACGGAGGUCUUCCACCUUCUCAUAUCGGAGGCGCAUGAACAUUUGACUGUGACUCGGAGCGGAGCCCUGUCAUGGCAAUUCACCAACGUCAUAUCGCCCACCAUCAUGUGUAUGAAAAAGACAUGCAAGCACUAUUUCGAGGCAGCCCAGAGCAGGACAGGCGGCAAGCUCUGCUACGUCCGAAUGCAGCAUUUCCUCCGCCAGGCGUUUGUGCUCCCUUCGCCGCUGGCAACGGGUGGAAAGACGAACAUCGGCAUCAUCAGUCGCGAAUUCUUGGCCAUCUACAAGACGUGCUGCGACCGACUGUGGAGAAAUCUUGGAUACACAAAGAUAAAAUACAUCGCCGGAGAGUUUGGGGCUCAGGAUCCUGGCGCGCACCGGUUUUUGGAAGCGGACCACUGCGGCUGCCUUGUAGGUUUGCUGAAUCGCAACGCAGAGGGCGAGCUGCUCGCAGGAGAUGGCGACAAGCGGUGGCUUACGAAGCCGAAAGAAUUGACACCGUCGCCACUAAGAGUGUCAGGGUCAGCCACAGACCCAGACUGGGAGGAGGACGCCGACGGCGAGAAUGGCGGCGACAACGAGGAUGAGGACGGGUGGGAGGACGUGGAGGACGUAGAGGAGGAGGAGAAGGAGGACGUGGAGGACGACCACGGCGACGAUGGGGAUGAGGACGAGGAGGACGACGUCGAUAAGGCACCGCCAUAUUGA